UGAAACAGCUGUUUUUGACAACGGCUGAGCCAUCUGGUGGAGCGCGCGGCGAUUCUACACGCGAAACGUGAGGAAUCCGCAGAGGCGCGGACGUUCUGUAGCAGCAGUCGUGAGUGGUCGUGAGACGUGAGGAAACAUGGCUGCUGGUUGUUGUGGAACGAAGAAGCAGAAGCUUAAUAAUUCCUCUAGUAUCCCAUGCAAUGGGUCCUCAGUAUUGCACAAUGGAACGCAGAUACAGAAUGGAUUAAUCGUGCAGCCAGAAAUGGGCUUCUUCUGCUUCGAUGUGCUUUACUGCCAACUGCAUCAACUUGACCCUCCAAAAACGCCCAACUUCAGCAAUGAUGCAUUCCCAUUGUUUGUCACUUGGGAGAUUGGAAAGGACAUGAGACUAAGGGGUUGUAUCGGGACAUUCAAUGCCAUGCAACUACAUGCUGGUCUACGAGAAUAUGCUACGACUAGUGCAUUCAAGGAUUCACGUUUCAAUCCGAUAACCAGGGAAGAGCUUCCUCGGUUGCACGUAAGCGUCUCUAUACUCCGUCACUUUGAAGAUGGAGUAGAUUAUUUAGAUUGGGAAGUGGGUGUUCAUGGAAUUCGUAUCGAAUUCCACAAUGAGAAGGGUAACAAACGAACUGCCACUUAUUUACCCGAGGUGGCAACAGAACAAGGAUGGGACCAGAUACAGACAAUAGACUCUUUGCUGCGCAAGGGUGGCUACAAAGGGUUGGUCACGCCGGACCUUAGACGUAGCGUUAAACUAACGCGAUACCAGAGUGAGAAGAUCACCGUCAGCUACCAGGACUACAUGACCCAUUGGCAUAGCCGACGGUGCUAGCAGCUGGCCUGGGGUCCUGCGCAGGGGCCCCUGCCUCACCAAUCUUCUAUUGCAGUUCGUUAUAACAAUCCUGACAUAAGUAAUUACGUUUCUCAUUCACAAUACAACGCAAUGCAACACAAUUCCUUCAUGGCCAGUCAACAGCACACGUUAGUUAUGGUGCAACCAAAUCAUCCAUCUUUCAUACAUCCGCUUCCCAUGGCUCCGAUAUCUCCUGUUGUUGUUCCAGUACAGGACUAUCCACCAUUUUGGUGGGAUCGUCCAGGACCGUCUUUUCCACCUCCUCAUCCUCGUCCUCCGGUUCAUUGUUUCCCUGGACAGGACAUGAUGGACCGCGGUGUUCGCAAGCGAAAAUGACACUGGAAACGUCUGUUAUUUGCGACCUUUCAUUGUUUGAAAUGGUGCCUAUUAUACAUUGUAUGUUUUAGUA